AUGAACGUAUCGGGAAGAAUUCCACCACAAGGUGCCAAAGAAGAACAAUCAACUUUUGAAAAAAUCAAGAACUCCCCAGCUUUUACCAUUGGUACUCAAGCUGCUUUAUUUGGUCUUGGUGUCUUAUUCAUACAAUCACCUUUGAUGGAUAUGUUGGUCCCACAAUUAUAA